GUAUUUUGAAUAAAAUUUAAAAUGUGUCGGAAAUAUUACUUAAAUUUUGGUGCACUUUAUGUGCUCCUUGUACUACUAAUUGUGGAUAAUGUCCAUUCGGAUUUCGAAAAUACUUGGAAUUUGUAUUAUGAGCCGCCUUGCUGUUUGGGACAUCACAUACGACACCACAAAGUUGCGGAACAUGUUAAGGACUUUAGCUGUGGUCCUCUGCACUACAAAACAUUUCACUUUGAUGAAAACAACAAUGCACUUUAUGUUGGCGCCAUGGAUCGUAUAUUUCGUUUGAAUUUACAAAACAUUAGUCACUCUAUUUGUGAGCGCGAUGUGCUUAUACUAGAACCGCCCGGAUCAGACAUAUUGAGUUGCGUCUCCAAAGGAAAACGUGAGAAGGUGGAAUGCCGUAACCAUAUACGUGUAAUUCAACCGAUGGACUCUGGAGCACGUUUAUAUGUUUGUGGAACAAAUGCACACAAUCCCAAGGACUACGUGAUUAAUGCCAACCUAACACAUUUGCUUCGCACUGAAUAUGUGCCUGGCAUUGGCUUAGGAAUUGGUAAAUGCCCUUAUGAUCCGGCUGAUAACUCAACUGCUGUCUAUGUGGAAAAGGGAAAUCCUUUUGGUCUGCCUGCAUUGUAUUCUGGUACGAAUGCAGAAUUUACAAAGGCCGAUUCUGUUAUUUUCCGUUCGGAUUUAUAUAAUUUAACUUCCGGUCGGAAGGAACACAAUUUCAAGCGCACCGUUAAAUAUGAUUCAAAAUGGCUUGAUAAGCCGAAUUUCGUUGGUUCCUUUGAUAUUGGCGAAUAUGUGUAUUUCUUCUUCCGCGAACAUGCUGUAGAGUACAUUAACUGUGGCAAGGCAAUCUAUUCACGCAUUGCACGUGUUUGUAAGAAUGAUCGAGGUGGCAAAUACAUGAUCAGCCAGAAUUGGGCAACGUACUUGAAAGCUCGCAUCAAUUGCAGUAUUUCGAGUGAAUUUCCAUUUUAUUUCAAUGAAAUUCAAUCGGUGUACAAAAUGCCACAUGACAACACUAAAUUCUACGCCACCUUCACGACAAACACACAUGGCAUAGUCGGUUCGGCGGUGUGCAGCUACGACAUACGCGACAUCAACGCUGCUUUUGAAGGCAAGUUUAAGGAGCAAGCCACAUCAAAUUCCGCCUGGUUGCCAGUACUGAAUUCGAAAGUUCCAGAACCACGUCCUGGCACUUGCACAAACGAUACCGCUGCACUGCCUGAUUCAGUGUUGAAUUUCAUACGUAAACAUCCGCUAAUGGAUAAGGCGGUCGAUCAUGAAUUUGGCAAUCCCGUCUUUUACAAACGUGAUGUUAUCCUAACCAAAUUGGUUGUGGACAAAAUUCGCAUAGAUAAACUUAAUCAGGAAUAUUUGGUAUAUUUCGUCGGUACGAGUACUGGAUUAAUUUAUAAAAUCGUACAAUUCGUACGUUAUGGAAAUAGGCACUCAAAUUUGUUAGAUAUAUUUGAGGCAGCACAUAAUGAACCUAUACGUGAAAUGGGCCUUAGUCCCAAAAUUGGUUCCUUGUAUAUUGCUACCGAUCAUAUGGUCAAACAAAUCGAUGUAGCUAUGUGUAAAGUUCGCUAUGAUUCCUGUUUCCGUUGUGUUGCAGAUCCCUAUUGCGGCUGGGAUAAAGAAACUGGUACUUGCAAGUCUUAUCAGUUGGGUCUUUUACAAGACGUUGCCAAUGAGACUUCUGGCAUUUGUGACACAAGUGUUUUAAAGAAACGUAUAACAGCAUCAUAUGGACAGACAUUACAUUUGUCGUGCUUUGUGAAAAUACCGGAAGUACUGAGACAAAAAUCGGUGCGAUGGUAUCAUCACUCAAAUGAACGAGGACGAUAUGAAAUAAAUUACUCACCAACGAAAUACAUUGAAACUUCUGAAGGUGGACUUGUAAUUAUCUCAGUUGAUGAAAGCGAUGGUGGACGUUAUGAUAGUUAUUUAGAUGGCACAUUACUUUGCAGUUACAGCGUUAAUGUAGAUGCUCACAGAUGUACGCCGCCAUCGAAGAAAAACGAUUACCAAAAAAUCUACUCGCACUGGUGUAAUGAAUUCGAGAAGUAUAAAUCAGCCAUGAAGCAGUGGCAACUUAAGCAGGAGCAAUGUAACAUUAAGGAUAAAACUUCAAGUGGAAAGCACAUUAACGAUGUUUUUAGUAAUAAUGCCGUGGUCUGAUUACCAGGCAUUUAUGAAGCAUACUAAAGACUGACAUUUUUAAGCUUUUGAAAGACAAUAUUUUCAUAUAAUUUUAAAUUUUAUUUGCUAACAUAUUUCUUAUAAAAAAAA